CCUUUAGUGAACUUUGACACAUCCGCAUAACCUUUGAUGCUCUUCCUGCAUGUGGGAAGCGACCUCCGUCCUCCAAAAGACGUUUUAGGACGGCGAAAUGGCUAAGUAUUUAGCGCAAGUCAUCGUGAUGGGCGUUCAGGUGGUGGGCCGUGCUUUCGCUCGGGCUUUACAGCAAGAAUAUGCAGCGAGUCAGGCAGCAGCACGGGCACGAAGCAGCGCUGGUCAGCAUUCUGCCGCUGCCACCAGCAUUUCUGGGAUGAGCUUACAAGAGGCUCAGCAGAUUCUCAACGUCUCCAAGCUCGAGCCAGGAGAAAUCCAGAAGAACUACGAACAUCUCUUCAAAGUCAACGACAAAUCUGUGGGCGGUUCAUUUUACUUACAGUCAAAAGUGGUGCGAGCUAAAGAGCGUCUAGAUGAGGAACUAAAUAUUGAAGCGCAAGAACAGCAACGGCAGCAACAAAAGCAGGAAUCGCAGCAAAACACGGAAACGUGAAGAAUGAAACCGAAACCAUGUCACCCCUCCCUCCGCUUCCACUGUAAAUUAUACCCCAAUAAAAGUCACCCCUUCUUUACCUCUC